CCCGCCUCCGCCUUGUGUGUGUGGAGUUUGCAUGUUCUCCCUGUGCCUCGGGGGUUUCCUCCGGGUACUCCGGUUUCCUCCCCGGUCCAAAGACAUGCAUGGUGCUCAGUAUCCUUCUGUGGUUUCUGGUGAUCCUCUCCUUCACCCUGUGUUCUCUCUCAGGAUCUCUGAAGACCACUCAACACCAUGAACUGGGCAUUCCUUCAGGGUCUCCUAAGCGGGGUCAACAAAUUCUCGACUGCGUUCGGGCGCAUCUGGCUGUCUGUGGUGUUUUUGUUCCGUGUCAUGGUGUUUGUGGUGGCUGCGGAGAAGGUGUGGGGUGAUGAUCAGAAGGAUUUCAUUUGUAACACGGCACAGCCAGGCUGCCACAACGUCUGCUACGACCACUUCUUCCCGGUCUCACAUAUUCGCCUGUGGGCACUUCAGCUGAUCUUUGUGACGUGUCCAUCACUGCUGGUGGUGCUUCACGUGGCGUACCGCGAGGAACGUGAGCGCAAGCACCGCGCAAAGUUUGGCGAAAGCUGCAAACGCCUUUACCAGAACACAGGCAAGAAGCGUGGCGGACUCUGGUGGACCUACGUGCUUACUUUAGUCUUCAAGAUGGGUGUCGAUUGUGCCUUUAUCUACCUGGUGUACUACCUGUACGAGGGUUAUGACUUCCCGCCGCUGGUGAAGUGUUCGGAGACGCCGUGCCCCAACACGGUGGACUGCUUUAUCUCGAGACCCACCGAGAAGAGGAUCUUCACACUCUUCAUGGUGGUCAGCAGUCUGGUGUGCAUCCUUCUCUCAUUCUGUGAGAUCCUUUACCUGGUUUGCAAGCGAUGCCAUGAAGGUGUCCAGAUGCUCAGGGGUUCUAGGCAGGUAGCUCGUGCUACGUCCAUUCACAGCAUCAAGAACCCGAAUUCACUGAUGGAUAGCGAUAAGCUGGUGGGAAAAGUGCCAUCGUACACUGUCUCAAUGGCACGAUGAAGAAAUACAUAUUUAAACUGGAGAGGAACUGGAAAAGAACCUGAGAUAAACUUAAUAAAAAGGCGUAUAGUGACCAGUUAUGGCUUUACUAAAGGGGUUUUGCAAUCCUGAAGUGGGAUUGGGAAUGAGAACUGGUUUAAUCUUGAAAAGCUUGAUCUCAAAGAAUGAGAUGAACUUAAAAAAUUCAUCCAAACUUUAAUGUGUCAGGAGGCGGUUUUAUACAGUAGGUGGGUUUGUUCAUCAUAUCAUUGAGAAUAGGGUGUAGCUCUGUUAUGAAUUCAUUUAACAUGCAGCUGCAGGUCCUGUCAAGCUUUUUUUUCUUUUCAGUGCCCUGUUGUUAUGAAGAGGUUUGGGCUGUGAUUCAACUUAAACCAGGAUGAAAAGCAGGCAAGGCCCUCGGUUUAAACUUAAAACCGCCGCUCUCUCGUUCUCUCAGAAAAGAGAAGCGUGUAAAUAAUGAAUGACGAUCGUCCCACACCCUAAAGCAACCACGUGGCAUUGUUCUUUUCAUGCUGUAUUUAAAAAAAAUAAAAAUGCACCGUUUUAUUCUGUGUAUAUGUUUAAACUGUAAAAAAAACAAAAAACCAAACAAAUCUAAGGUACCGAAUGCUAGCUGUCAUUUCAUACAUAAUAUAAGGCAUAAAGCGACAGCUGUGUGUAAUGCAGCGUCUUAAAAGUGCGUACGUCUCAGAAGGUUCAUCGUUCAGGAUCACUAAUGUUAUACGAAUGGGAUAAUUGUUUAUCCUGCAGCAUGCAUGAGAAAUAAGGAGAAAACUGUUUGGUGUGUUUGAGAGUUUAAACCUGAUGACAAAUGAUACACAAACUAAGAACACAUCUGUGUUAGAAGCAACUCUUAUUUUGGCAAGGCAUGUCAACUAGAAGCCUUGUGUAACUACUAAAGACAAUUCACCACUUGUGGAAUCUGAACUAAAGAAGCUGAUGACUCAUCUGCACCAUUACAUCUGACUCUGCUUUGCCUUUGGAAGAAAUCUGAAUCCUUUGGCGCCCAGAGGUCGUCGCCUGAAAGGUGCUUUUUUUUUUUUUUAAUGCUGAAACAUCCGUCAAUACGUGUAAAACGACAUUCCUAUGAGAACAAACACACACUUACACACCCCACACACACAAACACACCACACACACUUACACACACACACACUUACACACACACAUACACACACAAACACACAGAUACACACAAACACACUCACAUACACACACACAAACACACAUACUUACACACACACAACCCCACUCAUACUUGUGAACUAUAUGUUCUUUUUUUUUUUUUUAAUUAAAUUUUUCUAUUUUUAAUUAAAAUAUUUUCUUGAACUGUUUACUGUUUCAUUGAGGAUGUAAACAAAGAUUUUACUGCCAAGUCUGCUGACUCCUCUUUUUUUUUGCACAACUGUUUGUCAUUCCAGAUGUAAUUUUAUAUACAAAAUGUUAUAUUUUUUCUGUGUGCAAUUCUUCAUGCGUUGUGUUUUUAAUACGUAAUUCGAUUUCCUCAGUUAUCGCAUUUAUGGAAAGAAACUUAAACGCAGAAUUAUGUUGUAAAUUCCUGCGUUCCUCAAGCCACAAGCUGUAGGUUCUCAGGGAUACCUAAUGUGCCUUGUAGGUAAUUACAAAAAUGCUGUGGUGUGUGUGAGUGUGUGUGUGUGUGUGUGUGUGUGUGUGUGUGUGUGUGUGUGUGUGUGUGUGUGUGUGUGUGUGUGUGUGUGUGUGUGAGUGGUUAUGUAAAAAAAGGCAUGCGAUUCAGAAAUCUGAGGUCUCCAACUAUCUGUGCAUGAGGAGAACUGUGUCAAAUCCUCAGUAAACAAGUCUUCCAGAUGUUAGGAAGAGAAGAAUGAUUUUUUUUCCUCCUCUGAAUGUAAACCAACCUCAGUUUGUAUUUCCUGUGUUUGGUGUUCAUCUUCUCAACAUUGCUAUUUUUAAAACUAUGUGCGGCCUGAAAUGUUUCUCGAUUAAAGCGAGUUUUGUACUUUAUUAA